GCAGCCCGAGUGUUUCCCACGCCUCCGCGGCACCGCAAACAACCCCCCCGCCCCCCUUAUACCACCAAAUCGACUUGAAUCAGCGAAAUAUUUUGAAAAUGCGGAAACGACCUUUUUAAAAACGCCUUUAGUGGGAAUUAUGCGUGUUUUAAACCUGACUCACGAUGUUGGAAUUAAAUCAAAACGGGCCUCUACUUUUUCCGCUGGAGUGACGUUAACUGCGCGUAAACUUUUCAGUCGGAGCGACAGCUCAGCGCUCGGUUUCAUAAUGUCAACGGCCCUGAGUCGGUUAUGAGUGAUUGUUAUUGUAAUUUUUUUAACCGUUUUGAGCAUUUUCUGUCACUGCGCUGCUUUUUAUGGACUCUUUUUUCGGUGGAAACCAGCUCAAGGAGGACUUCUUCCACACCUCAGGAAUUUGACGCCAGAAACUGACGCGUCAGUGAACGCCGCAGGUAGCUAAGCUAGCUAACGUCCAAACAUGCCGCAGCUAAACGGGGCAGACGGAGACGACUUGGGAGCAAACGAUGAACUCAUAGCGUUUAAAGACGAAGGGGAACAAGAGGAAAAGAGGAAUGUGUCCUCUGAACGGGACCUAGACGACGUGAAGUCCUCUCUGGUCAACGAGUCCGAGUCCAGCUCAGACUCAGAGGCAGACAGACGCCCCAGGACCAAUCCAGAUGCGGAGAGCAGGGCCAGGCAGAAUUAUCUGUUUCAGGAAGCCCUGCGGAGGCAGCAGGACGCCGGCCUCUUCCAGCACUCCCCCUAUGUUGGAUAUCCCUUCUUCAUGAUCCCGGACCUGGGGAACCUCUGCAGUCCCUACCUCGCCAACGGAGCUCUCCCGCCAAGUGCCAGGACGUACCUGCCGUUUCAGUGGCCUCUGCUCGACGUCCCGGGACGAGCAUCAAUCAGAGACUCUGCUACGCCGACACACCUGUCUAACAAUGUGCCGGUGGUGCAGCACCCUCACAUGACCCACCUCCACCCGCUGCUGUCCUACAGCCCGGAGGCCUUCUCCCCUCAGAGAGCCUCGCCGGGCUUCUCUCCAGACGCAGGAAUGUCGAGGACGCCCUGCUACCCGGUCUCUCCCGGAGGCAUGGCUCAGAUCCCGCACCCCCUCGGAUGGCUGCAGGGCCAGGCGAUGUAUCCCAUCGCAGGAGGCUUCUCACCUGCCGCUCUGGCGAUGAACGCGUCUAUGUCGGGCCUGAUGUCGGGGAACUUCUCUCCGCGUUUGGUGCCGACCUCCCAGUCGUCCAUCCCGCACCCGGCCAUCGUCCCGCGGGAGGUGAAGCAGGAGCCCGCAGGCAGCAGCCAGCCGGGAAGGUCUGACGUCCAGCAGGAGAAAGAAGACGAGAGGAAACCGCACAUCAAGAAGCCGCUGAACGCGUUCAUGUUGUACAUGAGGGAGGAGCGGCCCAAAGUGGUCGCUCAGUGCAAAGUUAAAGAGAGCGCCACCAUCAACCAGAUCCUGGGACAGAGGUGGCACUCUCUGUCCAAAGAGGAACAAGCCAAAUAUUACGAACUGGCUCGUAAAGAGAGACUCCUGCACUCCAAACUGUACCCGGGCUGGUCAGCCAGAGACAACUACGGUAAGAAGAAGAAGAGGAAGAGGGCGAAGAGUGAAACUCAGUUCGAAGAUCCUGAACAGGACUUCCCGCUGCAGCUGAAGAGACCUCGCGUUCCUGCUGACGAGACGCCUCACACGCACGCUCCGCUCCCGCAGCAGACCGCACACACACACACGCACGCCCACUCGCACACGCAGCCCCGCUCGCACCUGUCCCAGCCGCACACCGUCUCCCACCUGACGCACACACACCUGUCCCAGGCCAGCCCGGCCUCCUCGCUGGACUCCCCGGCGACGCCGACCACGGCACUGGCGUCGCCCGGCGCUCCGGCGCCGACGCACACCGAGCACGCGCACGCCUCGGCGUACGGCGGCGGGCACACGUCGCCGUACGCCGAGCAGCUGCAGCCGCUGUCCCUCACCACCAAACCCCACCGGACGGCGCUUGCGCUGAGCCGCGGCGCGGCCGCCGCCGUCACAUCCGGACCCUCCACGCCGACGUCGUCCUGCGGCACCCCGGGCUCCUCGCCCCACACGGCUCCCCCCCGGUGUUCCCCCCCGCCCCCACCCGCUCCUACCUCCGCUCACCAAUCAGCGGCGAGCUCACACGGUGCCUUCACUCAGUCGCAGGCGUUCGCACGCCGAAGAACCAAUCAGCUGUGAGGAUCGGCUUUCACUCUGAAUCAUCACAUCCAAUGAAAACAAACAAACAGUGACAUCACAGACACAGUUGGACGUGAUUUGUACCUCUUUUUUAACGCUGUAAAUACACUUUCUUUUUUUUUUCUUUUUUUUUUAACUUUUUUUAUAGUCGUAUCACGUUUUUAUAUUAGUAUGAAAAGGACAAAUAAUUGGUCAAUAUUUGACUGCAUCUAUAACUUCAUGAAAUGUAUUUUUUUGUCACUUUUUUCUAAUUCCUUCCUAUGAAUGAUCAACCUGUAAUUUGAAAAGCGAGGUGUGGCACGAGGGCUUGUUUGUUCCAAAUGUGUUUAUUUUUAUUCUUUUUUUCCACCUGGUAGUUGUUGAGUGUAACUGUGUUUCCUGGUUCCUCCUCUGUGUUAAUAAAUCUUCACUGAGUUCUGACACGC